AUGUUGGUCGUGCUUAUCGCUGCGAGUAUAGCCAUACCAGUCUUUGCGCAACAAGCGCACUUUGAGCAUCUCGAUAAUUCCGCGCCCUAUGGAUUUGAAUGGCCAAUCAAGGAAGUAGCUGUCAUAGGUGCUGGUGUCUCUGGACUUCUAUCAUAUCGCGCAUUAUCCGACAAGCAUCAUUUUGAUCGCAUCAGAAUAUUUGAGAGAGAUGAAAAUCCGGGUGGAAAUUGGCAUUAUUCGGAUGAGCAUGCUGCUACGGUACCCAUCGCAUCUGGGCUUGGAUGUGAUUGGUGGAAAGCGGAUUACACUGCGAAUAUCCCAAGUCAGAUCCCUUUUCACAAGGUAUACAAAGCUGGAUCAAACGAAUCGUUACGGGAUGAGUUUGAGAAGAACAGGAUUAAUCAUAGACAGCCAAAACCAUUGUGGCAAAGCCUCAGAGCGAACACCCCUGCACCGCAACAACAGGUUCCUGGCUUCUCAUGGCCGUUUGGUGUCGAAUGGGCAUCACAUCACUCCAAGGUACAACGUUAUCUUCGUUCAUUCGCGUCUUGGCUUGGCAUCAAUAACGGGGACCAAAGUACAGAUGUAUCUUACAAUACUCGGGUAGAGCUAGUGUCCAAGAGGCUGGACAAUAAGGGGAGACAGACAGGAUGGACACUGGUGCUCCGAAAAUAUGUGCAAACAUAUCAAGGAGUGUAUGUAGAACAGUACUGGGAAGAGGCAAGCGCAACUGGCAUCUCACUGGACAUCAACACAUUUGCAAAGACUAGUUAUUUAAGUGUGAGGGAGCAUAGUAACGAUCCUCGAGCACCAAUUCGGAGGGAAGCCCACUUGAGUUCCGUGGCAGGUAAUACCACAAUGAUCGGCGAAAUCAAAGCUUUUCAUCCCAUCCCUAAGCAUGGCAAUAUGAGUACAGGCGAGAUUGAACUUCUCAACGGGACUAUCAUUUUCGGCACCGGAUUCCGAUAUGCCUUCCCAUUUCUCCCUCAAUACCACAACUCUUCCGUUUCAGGAAACGAACCGGCUGACAGCGAGGAACAGCCUAUCGUGACUGAUGGAUCGCAUGUUCGAUCUCUAUACCUGGAUACAUUUUACAUCGAUCAACCAACAUUAGCUUUCCAAGGGCAGAAUGUCGGUAUACAAACCUUCAUAUAUGGGAAAUACGCCGGCGAAGCUAUCGCUAGGGUAUGGAGUGGUAAGGCUCAUCUUCCCAGCGCUCAAGCACAAUGGCGACAUUUCUGGAAGACAGUAGAAGAGAGAGGUGGUCUGAAGAAAGGAUUCCAGUGGCUUGAUAAUGAGCUGAAUUCUCGAUCGCUCAAUUAUUUCGUGGCUUGGUUGAAUGCUGCGGCAAUCGAGAAUGGGGAGAAGCUAUUAGAAUUGCCUCCGGAUGUGACCGAUGUGAUGGACGUGUGGAUGAAGGCCAGAGCAGCCGGCGUGUCAGUGAAUCCUGAUGGGCGAAACGAUCUUCAAGAAAUUGACCAUGUGCAGCAUCAAUGGAGAGCGGCCAUACGAGAUGAUUGGUGA